AUGAACAGCAACCAGUUUCAUGAUUUGUUUGGGUCGCAGUGGCCUCCAGAUCAACACGGAGGUCACUCGUCGGCUUCCACCAUGCUGCACCAAUCCCAGGGACUGCCACAAGGCAUGCAGUUGAAGAGAGAGCCCCAUACUGAUGGCCAGCAGGUCAUGCACAACCAAAUACCUAUGGACAUCACUUCAGGGUCUGUGGCAGACAGCACAUCACCUCCGCCCGGUGGUAACGAAGGGAUGUAUGGAUCAUCUAUGCCUGGAAUGUACAUGGAUAAGAAAGGACCUAACUCCAUACGAGCUCAAAUCGAAAUAAUACCAUGCAAGGUGUGUGGAGACAAAUCGUCAGGAGUCCACUAUGGAGUGAUCACCUGCGAGGGAUGCAAGGGAUUCUUCAGAAGAUCACAAAGCACAGUGGUGAACUACCAAUGCCCGCGAAACAAAGCGUGCGUGGUGGAUAGAGUGAACCGGAACCGCUGCCAAUACUGCAGACUACAGAAGUGCUUGAAACUCGGAAUGAGUCGAGAUGCGGUGAAGUUUGGACGUAUGUCGAAAAAGCAACGCGAGAAAGUGGAAGAUGAGGUGCGAUUCCAUCGUGCACAGAUGAGAGCGCAGACUGAUACAGCGCCUGAUUCAGUUUAUGAUGCCCAGCAACAGACACCAAGCUCAAGCGACCAGUUCCAUGGUCACUACAACGGAUACCCAGGCUACGGGUCUCCCCUAUCAUCAUACGGGUACAACAACCCACAGCCACUCCAGUCCAACAUGGGUGGAAUCCAGCCCCAGCCCACCCAACAACAGCCCUACGAUGUAUCAGCUGACUACGUCGACUCCACAACAGCAUACGAACCGAAACAAACUGGAAGUUUCCUGGACCAGGAUUUCAUCAGUCAUGACGAACAACAAAAAGGGACAACUAUAGUACGACCCACCGGUUCCACAUCAACAUCGACGGCGACCACAUCAACAACAUCAAUGCGACAAUCAACCAUUAACGAGAUACCACGAUCCAGACUCCAAGAGUACGAUCGCUAUGAAGAAUCCCGAAUCCAGUCCCCAGCAUCAAUUUCCAGCGGAGUGCUAAAUAUAAAACAAGAAAUAAAACCAGAAACGUCAAUGAGUGUCGACAACUUGGUACCGAGCUAUGUGGAUUCCACGACAUUUUUACAUAGUCCGUCGAACAUCCAACACAGUCCAAUGGACAUCCAGAACUCUGUAUUGGUCAGUGGACAUAAUUCUGUGUCGAUGGCUAGCGAUGACUUGAGUCCUGAUGACUUGACGUCAAGUAGUGGGCAUGGGAGACUAAUGGACCCGCUUAACAUGAAUAUGUCUGGGAUGGGUAUGGUGAACCCUAAUGCCAUUUCCAGAAGAUCUCAAGGCGCCAGUCAUAGUACGAACGAUGAUAUGCCGUCGGAGGGCGAUAUAAGCAAGGUGCUGGUGAAGAGUUUGGCUGAAGCUCAUGCGAACACCAAUCCCAAAUUGGAGUACAUCCAUGAGAUGUUCAGAAAGCCACAGGAUGUGUCCAAACUCCUUUACUUCAGCUCGAUGACAUACGAGGAGAUGUGGCUGGAUUGUGCGGACAAAUUGACUGGAAUGAUACAGAACAUCAUUGAGUUCGCCAAGUUAAUACCUGGCUUCAUGAAACUGACGCAAGAUGACCAGAUUCUGCUGUUGAAGUCUGGUUCAUUCGAGUUGGCCAUUGUGAGACUUUCUCGACUGAUAGACGUGAACCGUGACCAAGUAUUGUACGGAGAUGUAGUGCUGCCUAUCAGGGAGUGCGUGCAUGCACGUGAUCCCCGUGACGUGGCACUAGUGGUGGGUAUAUUUGAGGCGGCGAAGACCAUCGCGCGACUCAAGCUGACUGAGACUGAACUGGCGCUCUACCAGAGCCUUGUGCUUUUGUGGCCAGAGCGACACGGAGUCCGCGGUAACCCUGAGAUCCAGUGUCUGUUCAACAUGUCGAUGGCGGCUAUCCGGCACGAGAUCGAGUCCAACCAUGGACCCGUCAAGGGUGACGUCACAGUGCUAGACACACUGAUCAACAAAAUACCCAACUACAGAGAACUGGCGCUGAUGCACUUGGAGGCAUUGUGUCGUUUCAAGGCGGCGCACCCCCACCACGUGUUCCCAGCACUCUACAAAGAGCUGUUCUCACUGGACAGUGUCCUGGACUACACCCACGGCUAG